UCUCAUGCACCCAUCAGUCAUCAAGACUCGAAACUUGUUUCCUGCCAUAAAGAAACCCAGGUCACCAAACACAAAGCCCGGUCGCAGCCCAGGAGCCGGCACGCAUUUUGACGCGGCGCAGUGAGAUUGAAGGUGUGCGCGAUAGUGGAGACCCGAAGCACAGGGCACCUCUGUCACCCCCGAACAUGGCAUCGACCAGUUUCGGAGCCCGCUCGAGAGCGGUUGCCCACGUUGGCACCCAACCCCUGGAGUCGCAUCACACACACAGCAACAACUCAUCGUUCAGCAGCGACAACACCACUUUACACACGCAUCGCCAGAACAACAAUUCAUCCAAGCUCCCUGCAUUCCGGUUUGCCGACCUGAGAAAGGAUCGUAUUUCGCUCCCUUCCCUGCAGCAACGCGCCCCGCUGUCUCCCAUCUUGUCGCAAACCACAGCUGAGCCCCUGGACCAUCAUCAAACCGAACAGGAGGAAACCCAUCGCAAUUCUGGCUCAUCGCACAGCGAACUCCACCAUCACAGCAGCGCUCGCACCCUUAAAUGGAGGUCAGUCUCGUUUGAAACACCUGAGAAGACUGGCGACGUCUCGAGGAUCCGCUCGCUCAAGUUCCAUCUGCCCUCCACCACAACCACUGUAUCCGCCGAUACGACAGCAUCCAAGCGUCCGGCGUCAUAUCCCCCAGACGCACACAGAGCGACUGACAAGCCGUCCGCGGCCCGGUCGCGAUUUUCAUACGACGCCAUUCCCGUGCUUAGACGUCGACUGACCGAGAGCGCGGCUAAGGACUCGGCCCCGGGCCAAGUGGAACCCUUGAUGCCCAACGCGACUGAGACCACAAAGUCAGACGACAACAAGUCGCGCCCAGCACUACUAUAUUCGCUUUCCGACAGUGCCACUGCCGCCAGCACCUCGGGUGGGCGCACGGGCAUUCCUCCCAUCAGGGUCUUUCGGUCCUCUGGGUCGCGCAAGACCGUGGUGAUUGACGCGCACGCCCGGCGCAAGUCCGAAGAAUCGGUCAAUAAGGAAAACACAGACCCUUACCAGCGUGACCGCGCAUUGCGGGCUCUUGAGGGACGGAGAGACGAGGACCCUUUGCAUACCAAACCGUCCGAAUCUGGGGAGAUGACUGCAACGACUGAUAACGACAACACUGCCGACAUCUUCAUGAAGAUCGCUCGUGAGGAGCCAACGGCUCGAGCGUUGGAGAGACAAGCGACGACUACGGAGAGUGUCCUUCCGCGGAUUGCUAAGACAUCGCACCGUCGUCCUCUCUCAUCGGCGAUUCCCUCCCAGGAUGGCCAGCUGCCCGUUCCACUCUCGCGUCGGCUUUCCGAUCAGCAGGAGAAUUCGCGAGCUCGACAGGGAUCGGUCACUCAGCCAGGUCAACAGAUCACGAGGGAGCUGUCAUACCGCGCGACUACUAGAGAGAACCUACCACCCAUCACAACCACUGCGGAGAGCCCGAGCCGCGCGCAGCUAGGCCGAAGUUCCUUGAGGCCGUCCCCUAUCACUCCUAGGCAAAUCUCUUUCAAAGACUCGUUUGCUGAAAGCGGCUCGGCAUACCAACGCAGAAGACAGUCUGUUACUGAGAACAACAACCACCUUUCAGGCUCAAGGGCCACGCCGUACAGGAGUUCGAAUCUUGCACUGACCCAGAGUCGAACCUAUCAUUCGUCCCCAUUGGGGCCCAAGUUCACAAGCGCCCCGACGGAUGGAUCUCAUAACAACUCUGACGCAAAUCAUGGCGUCGAGGGCACAGACUCCUCGUCCUCAGCUGCGGCGCCGUCAACGGUUUGGGAUGAGUUGGACGACCUAAAGUCAAGGAUACAUCGUCUUGAAUUGACAGGCAAGACACCAUUGACGACAGGGACAUCAACGUCCAAAUCGUCUGACGAGCGCCCGAGAACUGCCACCACAAGUGCCACAACUGUGUCGGCAUCCCCCAAGCAAGUGUCUGGUACUAGCUCAGCACAAGCCAACGGGAACAGCAAUCCGCCGUUGACCCGUGAAACCCUCCUCACGGCUCUCAGCAAGACAAAGGAUUUGGUCCACCCAGAAGUGUUCAGUGCUAUUGAAUCCGCUGCAACCGACGCCAUGGCCUUAUCAUCCAUGAUUGGUGCUCCGGGCCAGCCAGGGCCGAUCUCGAGUGGUGCCAGCAGCAUUGGCGGGUACAACGGCAGCGUGACAGACAGGCAACUGCGGAAGAAGGCAGAUAGCAUCUGCAGGAGCUUAACCGAGUUGUGCCUGGCGCUCGCUGACCAUAAUGGCGAAAAGAAACAGCCUCGGCAGCAGUUGCCAACGGUCGCACCUGAACAAGAACUCUUGCUGAGCCCCUCGUCCAACAAAGCCACAACUGGCGCGCUCACGCCCCAGAGACGCCCUAAUGCCAUUGCCGACAUUAUGGCGAAGGCCAGCACAAGUCCUAGAGCCCCGACAGCUCUGGAGCAAAAGAGGAAGACUAUGUUGGCCAGCAUCUCACUUCCUACCCCUCGGUACGCCACGGCACCAUCCACGCCUCUGGAGUCGAGCGCAGGGCGGAAGUCAUCUCUCCUCCUGGCCCGGAUUCGCCGAACAGGAACCGAUGAGGCAGAGGAAGUAGCCCCUCAAGCCGGAAGGAGGUCGUCGCUAUUGCUGAGGACAAGGAGAACCGGGGAGGAAGAGUCAGGGGAAAGCCGUGAAGGGCGGAAGACCUCGCUGCUCCUUCGGACUCGGAAAGCUAUGAGUGAAGAAGAUGAGUCGCCACGCACUCGUGCGCCAUCCAGGGCGAUCACCGAAGUGAAUGGCUUCCGUCCUUCACCACGGGAGCUUGCCAUGCCCUCUAUAACCGCUCAACGCACUUCCGAGAACAACAUAGACACACAUUCGGCCGUGCCACGCCGGGUCAUCCCGUCAGCCAUUUCUACCAGGCUUUCUUCCACAACAGUUACAGCAGCCCCACCACCGACCACCACGGCACGCAGGUAUCUCGAACGCGGGACGCUCCAGGAUCGAGCUUCUCUCCAGGAUCGAGCUUCUCUCCAGGAUCGAGCUGCUCUUCAGGAUCGAGUUACUCUCCAGGAUCGAGCUGCUCUCCAGGAUCGAGGCUCCUACCUUGAACGCGGCACGCACCAGGAGCGCGUGUCCGUCAACAACAUUUCGGAAAGGCUCGCUGAAGAGAGAGGGCAGCAGCAACGUACUCUCUCCCUAAGUCAAACCGCUAUGCUCAAUAGGACCGGUAGUCUAAGCCGCCGGACCCGUGAGAGCGGAAUCCCCAGCCUUCGCUCGUGAGCCGCUUGGAGACAGAGACAGCCCUCGGUCUCACCGGCGAGGCACACAGAUGACACCGCCAUGAGAUUACGAGGUCGCGCCUACCGAGUGUAUAUGCAUGGUGCAACGGGCGAUAUGG